AGCUCGGCCCCGCCCCACGGCCUCGGUCGCCGCUGCGUCCUGGCAUCCCGCCGACCUUCCAGAUCCGCCCGGCCGGUGCGGGCUGCGGCGGCGAGGGGCUGUUGGCUCCCGACCCGGCGGGGUCAACCCGGCCAACCCCCUGCCUCCGCCGCGCCCCGUUCGGCUUUGGGAACCCGCGGCCGCCGGAGGCGGAAGGGAAGUCGGCGCCGACGAGGGCGCUAGUAUCUGGAGUCAUCGUAAGGGUCACGUGUCGUGAACACGCCUGUAAAAUCAGUGUAACUUCCACACGGAUAAGAAUACCCAGAAGACCUAAAUGGCAUCCAGGGAUUUCUGCCUGCCUGGAGAAGGGAUGGUGGUACUGCAGCAAGUAUUUAGCAGGCAGUUUCCUCCUUGUAACCUGAGCGAAGAGGACCUGUUACAGAACCCACAUUUCAGCAAGCUGUUGCUUAGUCUCUCACAACACGUGGAUGAGAGUGGUUUAAGCCUCACCCUGGCAAAACAGCAGGCUCAGGCAUGGAAUGAAGUUCGGCUACAUAAGACAGCAUGGCUGAGGUCUGAGAUUUUACAGAGAGUCAUCCAAGAGCUGCUUGUGGACUACUAUGUGAAGGCACAAGACACAAAUUUAACUUCAGAAGACAAAAAGUUUUAUGAGACCCUAGAACAGCGGUUGCUUGUGACUGAACUGACACAACUUUUAGGUCCUAGUCAAGAGAAGGAGAUCCCGCCACUGCUGGGCCUGGAGAAGGCGGACCUGCUGGAGCUCAUGCCAUCCUCAGAGGAUUUUGUGUGGAUGAGAGCGCGGCUCCAGCUCGAAGUGGAAGAGCAGCUCAAGAAGAAAUGUUUCACCCUGCUGUGUUACCACAACCCGAAUUCAGAUUCUGAUGGAGAAACGCUAAAAACAGCAAAGGUGUGGAAACUGGCAGAGGUCCUGGCAGGUGAGAAGCAGCAGUGCCUGGAUGCCAAGGGCCAGCAGAUGGAGCAGCUCGUGCUGCUAGAGAAGAAGCGUGCCGCCUAUGCCCAGGUGCUUUUCCGCUGCCUCACCUUGCUCCAGAGGCUUCUUCGGGAGCCCCGGCUGAAGACUAAGUCUGAGCUAGACCGCAUCAAUGCCCAGUACCUGGAAAUCAAGUGCAGUGCCAUGAUCCUUAAGAUGAGAAUGGAGGAACUAAAGAUUCUGUCUGACACGUACAGUGCUGAGAAAGUGGAAGUUCACCGUGUCAUUAGGGACCGUUUAGAGGGAGCCAUUCGCCUACAAAAGCAGGACUUGGAGAAAUCACGACAGGUCCUGAACACCUAUGAGGUCCUUGGAGAGGAAUUUGACCAGCUGGUGAAAGAGUACACCCAGCUCAAGCAGGCAACCGAGAACAAGCGCUGGGUCCUCCAGGAGUUCACCAAGACCCACCACUGAGUUAAGUGUUGGCCGAGCCAGGAAGCGUGGAUUCUGCACGGCCACUGCCACACUGUUCCUGCUGAAGGAACCACCUCCACGCGGGGCUGCCUUCAUCAUAGGGAGUAUGGAGACACUUGGCUCAAACACUGCAAUCAUUUAGGCACCCUCCUGAUUUUUCUCCUUCUUUAUAGUGGCUGGGUCUCUUCUGGAAAAUGUAGUAAUUAGAUUUGUAUAAUUUCACACAUAGCUGUUUUUGUCAGACCCGUGUCGUAUUUAUCUCCCACAUAAAGUAGUUAUAUUAUGGCUUAGGAUUCCAGUCACUAUCCUUGGGCAAAGAUGGAAAAGAACGUUGAAGUCUGGGAAAGAGCUCAGUCGAUCCAAAUAGAGACAUAUCUCUAAAACUUCCCACGGGGUGGGAGCUAGAAGUGCCAGCCUGCCCUCCUCCAGUCCUAGAGGUCUCUAGAGAAGAAAUGGAUUAAAUCUGGGCUGGCUUUCUAUAUUUUUAUUUUUUGUCUUUUCUGAGACAGGGUCUCCCUGUAGCCCCAGCUGUCCUGGAACUCACUAUGUAGACCAGGCCGGCCUUGAACACAGAGAUCUCCCUGCAUCUCCCUCCUGAGUGCUGGGACUUAAAGGCAUGUGCCACCACGCCUGGCCUCUGGGCUUGCUUUUUAAGACCUAUAAUCUCCAGAGGAGAGCUAGGUGCUGAGGCAGGAGGAAGCUGUUGUCACCAUGACUGUUAGUGUGGCAGUUAUAAUAAAACAACCUGGCACCCAGUUCAGUUUAGGAACGGGAACAGCCACUUAAGCCCCUGUGACUUGAAGAUUUCUUAUCUCUCCAAAGGCAAAGGGUGGGCGCUCUGAGAACAAAGUUCUCCAGUCUGCUUAGCUGACAGCAAGGCAGGGAUCUGGCUGGUAUCAAAAUCAGGGACAGAGUAGCAGAAGGGCUCUUACUCAGAACCUACCCAACUGCUUUCCAGAGAGGCUGGCUUAGGCAUUCUGCUGUGGCCAAAUGAUGGUCUGGGUUGGCAUAGACUCGAGCUUCCUAUAUGUGGCCUGAGGUGACCUGUAAAAAUGGUUUGCUAGUUUCUUGACCCAGAAAACCCUACAAAAUCAUGGAAAUCAAGAGGUUCCAAUCUUUGUGUUCACUUUUUAAGAGCAUACGUGAAACUGCCCAGGCCAUCAAAGGUAUGCAUAUCUGAAAAGCCACCCAGUGUCUGAAAGAUGUCACUUUAACGAAUCAGUGUGUGCCAUUCUGGUGGUAUAACAGUGGAUUUGGUAGGUGUGCCCAGGCCAAACAGUGGGGCUGGACACAGGGUCGGUGCACAGAAAGAGUGCUAAAUUUUUGCUGCACAUGCUUAAAAAUGCAAAGUAGCUGGGCAUCGUGGCGCACACCUUUAAUCCUAGCACUUGGGAGGCAGAGGCAGGUAGAUCUCUGAGUUCAAGGCCAGCCUGGUCUACAAAGUGAGUCCCAGGCCAGCUGGGGCUAUAGGGAGACCCUGUCUCAAAAAGUUAAAAAAAAAAAAAAAAUACAGAGUAAUGCUGAACCUAAGGGUUUAGAUGUAGACUCUACAUUGAGCAUAUCCAGGUGAACAAAUCACCUAAGAUGGGCCGUAGAAUUUACAGAGCUCAUGGUUGGAUUAACCCACAUGUGAAAUGAUCCUCGCUGGAAAGGGACAAAUUGUUCCUAAGCCUGAGGAGGAAGUUUCCCAAAAGAAAAAGAUAGCCCAGAAGAAACUGAAGAGACAAACAUUUAUGGCAGGAGAAUAAACUGAGCACAAAAUAAA